GUCACAAAAUCAGAUUCCCUCCUCCAUUCAUACCCUCCUCAUUGUCUUCUCUCUGUGGAAAGACAGUUCUUCCUCAUAAAAGAGAAAAAGUAGUUUUCAGAUUCAGACCAUCUUGCACUCAUUCUCCUCACAAAUUCUAAACGAGGCAGACAAAAACAAAAUAAAAAAAAGGCCACCUGUUCAGGCAUGAAAACAAUUCUUUUAUCUUUCCAAUUUCUCUCUCCCACCAAUUGCACCCCAUUGCAAAUCCUUCCCUAGGCACAGAGAGCCCCCUAAAGAAAAGAAAAAGGGGGAAAUAAAAAAAAAGAGAUGCUUCCUCAUCUCUCUGCACAUCUACAGAGGCAGGUUGGGGCUCCUUGUGAGGCCGAGAAAAAGUAAAGUGAAAUCCCCAAGCGCCCCAACGGAAACACCCAAAAAUCCCAGUCUUUUCCAAGUGAAAAAAGAAAAGCUGCAACAGGGAAGCUAAAGAAUCAAAGCUUCAAGCACAACCCUUCAAUCUUUCCCCAGAUUCAACCAAAGCCCACUUCUCCAAAACCCCCAAAAUUCACUUCCAAGAAGCAGCAAGCCAUGAUUUGAUCCAUCAAACCCCCCUGAAAUAUGGGUUUCUUCGUAAAGCCCUCGCCUUUAUUCUUCCUCUUCCUCUCUCUCUCUGCAUUGCUGUUCCUCCCUCAAGUCCCACUUGCCAAAUCUGCCACUGACUACACUUCACUGGUCUACAAAGGGUGUGCGAAGCAAGCCUUCGUGGAUCCGACAGGGGUCUACUCGCAAUCCCUCUCGGCCCUGUUCGGAUCUCUGGUGUCUCAGUCCACCAAAUCCAAGUUCUUCAAGACCACUUCGGGGUCGGGCCAGACCAGCAUCACCGGGCUGUUCCAGUGCCGAGGCGAUCUGAGCAACACCGACUGCUACAGCUGCGUCAGCGGGCUCCCCGUUUUGACCGACAAGCUCUGUGGACGGACCAUCGCCGCGAGGGUUCAGCUAUCAGGAUGCUACUUGCUCUACGAGGUCUCUGGGUUCACUCAGGUCUCGGGAAUGGAGUUGCUGUACAAGACAUGCGGGGCCAACAACAUCGCAGGGGCGGGGUUCCAGGAGAAGAGGGACACGGCUUUCUCGGUGCUGGAGAACGGCGUGGUGUCAGGUCACGGGUUCUACACUACGAGCUACCAGGCGAUGUAUGUGUUGGGUCAGUGUGAGGGGGAUGUUGGGGACUCCGACUGUGGCGAUUGUGUGAAGAGUGCUGUCCAGCGGGCUCAGGUGGAAUGUGGGAGCUCCAUCUCAGGGCAGAUUUACCUGCACAAGUGCUUCGUGAGCUAUAGUUACUACCCAAAUGGGGUUCCCAUGAGAUCGACCUCCUCCUCCUCCUCCUCCUCUUCGUCUUCGUCUUCUUCAUCAGGGUCAGGGUCAAACACAGGGAAGACAGUGGCUAUUAUAUUAGGAGGGGCUGCUGGGGUUGGAUUUCUGGUCAUUUGCUUGCUGUUUGCCAGGGGUCUGCUGAAGAAACAUGAUGAUUUUUAGUGGCAGUGACCUAGGGGUUGAAGAAAGAGGCAAAGGGAAAAUUUUGAGGCCAAUUCUUUGUUUUAUGGUUCUUCAUUUUCAAGGAGAGAA